AUGCCGUCAAUUCUUAUCAUCAACCCAAACUCUUCAGUCUCCAUCACAGAAACUCUUAAAGGUUUACUUGAACCUCCACCAGACUUUCGUUAUACAUUUUUCACCGGUCCUUCUGCUACUAGAUGUAACACUUCUCCUAUUUUGUCAUCCCAAGAGUCAGUAGAAACUCCUGCUACUAUUAUUACUAGCACUACUACACUCUCGGAUGACGAUGAUGUUCGCUCUCAAGACUCUGAUGCUACAGCUGCUAACUCGGACACUUGUUCCAACAAAUCUUGUAUUUCUUUAGAUUCAUGGAAAUCCACUUCUAUUACAGACUCUUCUUCUACCCAACAGUUUACCCUUUUAGCUCCUUCUCAAAUCGAUAGUUGGUCAACCUCAGUCAUUUCAGCAGCUGCUUGCAUGCCCCAUGUUAUCCCUCUGAUAGCAGAACACGACGCCUUUCUUGUAGCAUGUUUUUCUGAUCAUCCACUUGUAGGAAUGCUGCGUGAAGCUGUUCCUGCUCAUAAGCCAGUGAUGGGUAUUUUCCAAGCUUCUGUUCUUUCAUCGCUUGCAAUGGGUACCCGAUUUGCCAUUGUCACAACUGCCACUAUUUGGGAAAGACUUUUAGAUGAGGCCGUUGCUAGUAUGAUUGGAUCAUCUGCAGCAAUUCAUUAUGCAGGAACUUAUUCAACAGGUUUAGGUGUUUUGGAAAUUCACGAGUUACCAAUGCAAACAGUUAAGAAGAAGUUGGUUGCAUGUGCAGUCAAGGCAGUUCGGGAGCGCGGAGCAACAGCAAUUGUAUUGGGCUGUGCUGGAUUGAGCGGAUUAGAUAGUGCAAUUCGUGAAGCAGUAGGCCCUAAGGUGGCUAUUAUAGAUAGUGUGGUUGCUGGAACAGAAAUGCUUGCAGGGAUUGUUCGGAGCAAGGCGUCAUUUUUUGGAGAAGAUAUUUGA